AUGUGCAACUAUACCCAAAGAGAAUUCCACUGCGGCCACGUCCGCUGGAUUGUUUCGCGGUGGUGUCCGGUCUACACUCGCACGCAACGACGCUGUCCGCCGUGUGUCACGCAUUUCGAGUACAGGGGAGAUGAAGUCUGUGGCGAAUGCAAGCCUUCAGCACCGAUCGUGUGGGAGAGCAUGAUCAAGCGCAAUAACACGCCAGUCAGACUAUAA